AUGCAUUAUUAGAUGUAAUGCUGUGACUAUCUUUGUAUGCAGAGAGUUAUGUAUGUGCAAUAUUUGCAAUGAUUGAUGCAUUGCUUUUGUAUGAGGGCACCUCCAACAGUGUUUGCUGUGCUGUGCAGGGGAUACAUCGAUAGCACUUAUCUUUGCUCUUCCUGCAUAUGGGUUAAUGAGCAUGGCUUGAGGUAGAACUGUGCUGUUUGGAUUUUGGGGGGUCAGAAAGUGGGAAUGGACGGUGACAGCGAUAUUGACAAUACCAGCUCAGCUGCCUCUAGUGGGUCAGAGAGACCUCCUGAGCCAGAGAAAUCUGCCAUCACCCAGAGACACAGCGUGAAAAUGUUCAGUGGACUUCGUUUCUUCAGAUGCAGAAAAGCCAUUGCUAAGUCAGGAGUCCAGCACUUGGCACUUUCUCCGAGCGUCCUCAACAAUGAUUCUGAGGGCCAUAUACAGAACACUGUCGACUGGAGUGAGACGGCUUUGUAUGGGGAUCAUUUGUGGUUUGAAACAAAUGUAUCUGGAGAUUUCUGUUAUGUAGGAGAACAAAACUGCAUGGCCAAAAUACAGCAGAAGUCAGCUUCCCGAAGAAAGUGUGCAGCAUGUAAGAUUGUGGUUCAUACACCAUGCAUCGAGCAACUUGAGAAGAUAAACUUCUGUUGCAAACCAUCAUUCCGUGAAUCUGGCUCUCGCAAUAUACGGGAGCCAGUAAUUGUUCGGCAUCACUGGGUACAUCGCAGGCGGCAGGCAGGAAAAUGCAGACAGUGUGGAAAGGGGUUCCAGCAAAAAUUUGCAUUCCACAGUAAAGAAAUUGUUGUAAUCAGCUGCUCUUGGUGCAAACUGGCUUACCACAACAAAGUGUCCUGCUUCAUGCUGCAUCGUAUAGAGGAGCCUUGUUCCCUUGGGGCGCAUGCUGCUGUUAUUGUGCCCCCCACAUGGAUCAUUCGGGUUCGCCGGCCACAGAGCUCACUCAAAUCAAGCAAAAAGAAAAAGAGACCGUCCUUUAAAAGAAGACCAAGCAAGAAAGGAGUAGAGGAGCCUAAACUGCGCCCGUUCAUUAUCAGACCUGCACCGUGCCCCCUUAUGAAAUCUGUACUUGUUUUUGUCAACCCCAAAAGUGGUGGUAACCAAGGUGUGAAGAUCCUCCAGUCUUUCAUGUGGUAUCUGAAUCCAUGCCAGGUGUUUGAUCUCAGCCAGGGUGGGCCAAAUGAAGCCUUAGAAAUGUAUCGUAAAGUUCCAUCUUUGCAAAUCCUGGCAUGUGGUAGAGAUGGAACUGUGGGAUGGAUUCUAUCUGUUUUGGACCAGCUACAUCUUUUUCCACCUCCACCUGUUGCAAUCCUUCCUCUUGGGACUGGAAAUGACCUUGCCAGAACACUCAACUGGGGCGGUGGUUACACAGAUGAGCCGCUCUCUAAGAUCUUGAGUCAUGUGGAAGAGGGCGCAGUAGUCUAGCUGGAUAGAUGGAAUCUGCAUGUGGAGAAAAACCCUGAGGCCUGUGAGGAGGACAGAGGAGACGGUGCCACAGAUAAGCUUCCCUUGGAUGUCUUCAAUAAUUAUUUCAGCCUGGGGUUUGAUGCUCGUGUCACUUUGGAAUUUCAUGAAUCUCGAGAGGCAAAUCCAGAAAAGUUUAACAGCCGUUUUCGUAAUAAGAUGUUCUAUGCAGGGACUGCUUUCUCUGAUUUCCUGACUGGCAGCUCACGUGAUCUGGCCAAACAUAUCAGCGUUGUGUGUGACGGCACAGACCUAACUGCUAAAAUUCAGGAGCUGAAGCUACAGUGUCUGGUGUUCCUUAACAUCCCCCGGUAUUGUGCUGAUACUAUGCCGUGGGGCAAUCCUGGAGAGCAUCAUGAUUUUGAACCUCAGCGACAUGAUGAUGGAUGUAUCGAAGUGAUUGGUUUCACCAUGGCCUCCCUGGCUGCUCUGCAAGUUGGAGGUCAUGGUGAACGACUGCACCAAUGCAGUGAGGUGCUUCUUCAUACAUAUAAGUCCAUUCCUGUGCAAGUAGAUGGAGAGCCUUGCAAAUUGGGACCUUCUGUGGUGAAGAUUAGUUUACGGAACCAGGCUGCCCUUAUACAGAAAACCAAGAGACUUACAUCUGUUCCACUCCUCAAUGAUCAGCAGCCAGUUCCUGAAAGACUGCGUCUACGUGUUAACCGCAUAUCCAUGCCUGACUACGAGGCACUGCACUACGACAAAGAAAAGCUGCGAGAGGCCUCUCUCCCGCUGGGAGUUAUUGUGGUUCCUGGAGACAGUGAUCUGGAGACUUGUCGCGCACAUAUUCAGCGACUAAAAGAGGAGGAUGGAACAUCAAAACCACCAACUGUCUCAUCACAAAAACUGUCUCCAAAGUGGUGCUUCUUAGACUCAACCACGGCAGACCAUUUUUACCGGAUCGACCGUGCACAGGAGCAUCUGAAUUUUGUACUGGAGAUCUGCCAGGAUGAGCUGUACGUUUUGGAUCCAGAGCUUAUUAUCACCCAGUCUGUUGGUACAUCCCCUGCCAUGCCAGACUCCAGGUGCCAGUCUAUCAGCCCCUCUACCCAACACUUCCAGUUUCCACCACCACCUCACUCUCCCCCAGAUUCUCCCGCACUCCCUGAGCUGCAGGAAGAACCUUUCCAAGGCAGAAUGGGCAGUGACAGCUCUGCAUCCAAACCAUCCGUCUUACACCCACCAAGGGCAGAAACAGACCCCAAUGUCUCCCAGCUUGAGGGAAUAUUAUUGGAUGCUGUGAAGAACAGUGAUUUUGAAAGGUUUCGGGAGGCACACCGUGCUGCGGGCAACUUGAUGUUGCAAGACGCUGAUGGGCGCACUGUCCUGCAUCAAGCAGUAAUGUCUGGGAGUAAAGAGAUUGUAAAGUAUAUAAUUGAGCAUGCACCCUCUGAACUUCUGGAUGUAGCAGAAUCUAAGAGUGGGGAAACAGGUUUGCACCUCGCCGCAUCUUUGCGUCAGCGCACAAUUUGUCAUUACAUAGUGGAGGCUGGAGCAUCACUAAUGAAAACGUAUUUACAGGGUGAUACCCAAAAAAAACGAGCAGAGAAGGCCAAAGACCCCGAAUUGGCUGCAUAUCUGGAAAAUAGGCAGCACUACCAAAUGAUCCAGAGAGAAGAUCAGGAGACAGCGGUUUGACGAGACAGAGCAAUAGAGGAGAUAAUCUGCACAACACAAAGAGACUUGCACCUCCCUACACAAAAUCUUGGACUUCCCGAUCUUCUAACUGAAGGACUGCACUUUUUUCCUUUCCAGCUUCAAAGCCUUAUUACAAAUAGCAAUCCCAUCUCUGAGAAAAUACUUUAUCCUCUAUCUUAACUACUUAAUCCUCCAAUGGUCUCACUAGGGUAGAAAAUAAUAUAUUUGAAAUAAUCCCUACAACCCUACCUUGUUGA